GAGCGCGGCGGCGGCGGGAGGGGGCCGCGGCGCGGCGCGGGACGAUGCUGCGGCUGGUGUCGCUGAAGUUGGGGCGGCUGUACCGCUACGUGAAGCUGGCGGUGCUGGGCAGCCUGGCGGCGGCGCUGGUGCUGAACACGCACUCGCUGCUCGCCUCGCUGCAGCGCAACGAGCUGUCGGAGCGGCGCUUCCUGCAGCUCAAUAAGUGCCCGGCCUGCUGGGGCACCAGCUGGUGCCGCAAGUUCCUCAACGGGCAGCUGCGGCUGGAGAGCUGGGGCCGCCUGCGCCUCCUGGACUUCUUCAACGUGAAGAACGUGUACUUCGCCCGCUACGGGGAGCCCCGCGAGGGCAGCCGCCGCGUCGUGCUCAAGCGCCUCGGCUCCGCGCAGGAGCUCGCCGACAUCGACACCAAGAUCUGCCGCCGCGCCACCGGCAGGGGCCGCUGCGACCUCCUGCAGGCCCUGCACGCCACCGAGUUCGCCAGCCUCAACGGCGACGUGCGGCUCCUCACCCCCGACGCCGUGGAGGGCUGGUCCGACCUGGUGCACUGCCCCUCGCAGCGCCUGCUCGACCGCCUCGUGCGCCGCUACGCCGAGACCAAGGACUCGGGCAGCUUCCUGCUGCGCAACCUCAAGGACUCGGAGCGCAUGCAGCUCCUCAUCACGCUCGCCUUCAACCCGGAGCCGCUGGUGCUGCAGAGUUUUCCAUCUGAUGAGGGUUGGCCGUUUGCAAAGUACUUAGGAGCAUGCGGAAGAAUGGUGGCUGUCAACUACGUUGGAGAAGAGCUGUGGAGUUACUUUAAUGCACCGUGGGAGAAACGAGUGGAUCUGGCCUGGCAAUUAAUGGAAAUAGCUGAGCAGCUGACAAAUAAUGACUUUGAAUUUGCACUCUACCUCCUUGAUGUCAGCUUUGACAAUUUUGCAGUUGGACCAAGAGAUGGGAAAGUUAUCAUUGUAGAUGCAGAAAACGUUCUGGUAGCAGACAAAAGAUUAAUCAGACAGAAUAAACCUGAAAACUGGGAUGUAUGGUAUGAAAGCAAAUUUGAUGACUGCGAUAAAGAAGCUUGCCUGUCCUUCUCAAAAGAGAUUCUUUGUGCUCGUGUCACUGUGGACCACAAUUAUUAUGCUAUUUGUCAGAACCUUUUAUCAAGACAUGCCACGUGGCGUGGUACUUCUGGAGGACUACUUCAUGACCCCCCUGCUGAAAUUGCCAAAGACGGCCGACUUGAGGCCCUGCUGGAUGAGUGUGCCAAUCCAAAGAAGCGAUAUGGUAGAUUCCAAGCCGCAAAAGAACUGCGUGAAUACCUUGCACAAUUGAGUAAUAACGUGAGGUAGUCCACAGUGGAAAUUUUUUUUCUGACACUGGCUAGAACAUUAUUAUAAAGACACAUAGAAAAUAGUCUUGAAUUACGUAUUCAAAAGAGAAAAUAAAUACAACACUAGUUUAUCAGUUUUAUAAAUACCAUAAAAAGAUAAUUUUAUGGUGUUAUAAUGUUCCUUUGCAAACAGACAAGGUACUUAUUGAGCUAAAUCUUGAGCUACUAUUGACUCUUCUCCCUAACUAUUUAAAAGGGAGUAGGUCAAAAAAAGACUGUGAUACAAGCUGUCAGUAGAGCUGUGUCAAAGGGUACUUUACAUAAAACUGCAUUAGUAUCACAGUUUUGUGAAGCUGGUGUUCUUACUUGGAAAGUCAAGUUAGACUGGCCUGUUUUAAAGGCCUUUUUCCUGACAUCAUUGUCUCAUUUUUGUGUUUGUUUAAACACCUUGAAGUGGCAUUUCCAUAGAGGUAAAUCUAGCUGUCUGUAUUGUUUUGAAUUUAACAGGCUUUCAUAUUAAUGCUGUGCAGUAUGUUUCUACUGUGAGUGCAGGAUUCCCAUGUUUACUGUCCAAUCUUAUGGGGUUUUUUUACACUGUGUUUUACUAUGCUUAGACAUUGUGUAUUUUUUUAAGAUCAUCAUAAACUCGAAUGUCAUUUGAGCAUUCAUUUGAUUUCUUUUGUUUUUUCUGCCUUUGGAGAUAUCACUUAAUGUAGUUAUUGUACAAAAUUUUUACCCUUCAUGCCAGUAUAUACACAUAAUUGUUUAACAGGGAACCAUGUUAUGAGCAAACUCACUUUUAACAAAGAUAAUUUGAGAAUUGGGGAGAGACUAUGCUAAAAAUCUUAUUCAUAAAAGUUGAAGAUAGAAGUUUGGCUAAAAAUAAAAACUCACUAGUCCCAUGUAGCUGAGCAUAAACCAAAGAAAAUGGUGUUGUUUGUUAGUCCCUAAUGUAAUCUUGAAGAAAAAAUGAUAUAGUAUAGUGAGGUUAAUUCUCAAAAUUCAAAUUUCUAUGAUCCUUGU